AUGGAGAAAUACUCACAAUUCCGAGAUAGAGGAUCUGGCAUCGCGCCAUUUCUGCCUAUACCCUCUGAACCACUCGGCCUCCAAGCUCCUCUCCGCGUCUUCCUCUUCUGCUUUCGCCUUCCGCUAUUCAUCUUCGUCACUCUCAGCUACUUUUUGAUUCUACAAUGGCUUCCCAUUGGAUCGCUGGGCAAGAAAGCUGCCCUGUGGUGCAUUCUUGGCGUUCCGAGUAUCUGGUGGAUUGACCUGCAAGUGGACGGAGUGCGGAAAGGGUCCUUGAAACAACAGCAAUCCCGUCUGCCGCAGCCCGGCUCGGUAAUCGCCUCCUCCUUUACAUCACCCAUCGACGCGGUUUAUCUGGCAGCUAUAUUCGACCCGGUCUUCACAGCCUCCUACCCAAACACUCGCCAAGUCGAGCGGAUUUCCCUGCUUCAGGCUGUCCUGCGAGCUUUCAAGGCGCCGUCUACACAACCGGCGCCUGGUGCGCGCCUGGUGGAUCUAUCGACUCUGGUCGAGAAGUACCCCAGUCGUCCGAUCGUCUUAUUCCCAGAAUGCACCACCACUAACGGCCGAGGCAUUCUACCUCUGAGCAACUCGCUCCUGGGCGUUCCAUGCAAAACCAAGAUCUUCCCUAUCAGCAUACGAUACACCUCUCCGGAUGUUGUUACCCCCAUUCCAGGAAGCUACGUGAGCUUCCUGUGGACGCUGCUCAGCAAGCCCACCCACUGCCUCCGCGUUCGCAUCGCCGAGUGUAUCACGGGCGGCAACGCAAGUGACACGCCAGGUCGUUUGGCAAGGAAGUCAACAUAUAGCACAAAUUACCUUGACACAUUGGACCAAGACGGCCGAGAUGGCGAGGCCUCAGCCAGCGACAAGACCUUGCUCGAUAAUGUGGGGGAGUCUCUUGCCCGACUGGGCCGGGCCAAGCGAGUUGGUUUGGGAGUGAAAGAGAAGAUGGAGUUCUUCCAGGCUUGGACCAAGACUCGUUCAACGUGGUGA